AUGCUGGGAACGAUGAAAGCUACGUGGGCCCGAAUGGGCUACCAUAUGUGGAGGCCACAAGCAGUCAGUCACGAACAACUCUUCGAAAUCUCGGAGAAAAUCAUGGUACUUCUGAUUACCCGAAAUGCGAUAUUUGCUCAUCAAGCAUAUGAAAGUUUAGCACAAGGCAAGACAGUCGCCCUCGCCUCACAACAGUUCGUUCAAAUCCAAGUCAUCCUCUCCUACGACAUCUACUUUUGCACCGACGACUUAUCGACUAUUUAUAUAUACACCAUUGUGCCGAGAGAGAUUCUGGACUUGACAUAUGGCAUUGUUAUGGGACAUGAGGAGGGUUGUAGGGUUCAAUUCGGGCUUGCUAUCAGUAUGCUAUAUCCAACCUCAGCUUCGAAGUCUAAGAGAGAGCUGUACAAGAUCAACAAUGGAAGAACUCUGCACAACCAUAUCUUCAUAUGUGUCCUGGGAUAUCAGGGCUCCUGGAUAAUUAAUGCACAUGCGGUAUGGAUCAUGUUCUCACGAGCCCAACACGACUGUGUUCGAUUGCCAAUGACUGAAUAA